AUGAUUGGCCUUUCGUUCGUUCUGCUCGCGAUGGCGGCUUCGCUGACCGCGGCAACGCCUGCGCCGACUGCCCGCUGGGUCGACAUGCAGGUCAAACAUGCUUGGAAGCGCGCGCCCGCGAAGUGGUCCUCGCGCGGACUACCGGAGGACGGGACUACCAUUGACUUGCGCAUCAAGCUCAAGUCACACGACAGUGACGCGAUCAUCAAGGCGCUCUACGAAGUCAGUGAUCCCAAGAGCACGAGCUACGGCGCUCAUCUCAACAAAGACGAGGUUGCAUCGCUUGUUGCACCUCAUCCCGAUACCCAUGCGAUUGUCUCCGAGUGGCUCGCACACCAUGCCAUCCCAGCCGACACCGUCCGCCCGGCCCUUCACGGUGACUGGCUCAUGCUCGAGUCUGUCCCCAUCUCUACGGCCAACACCCUGCUCGGCGCUUCCUACGAGAUCUACGAGAAUAUGGAGACGGGGGACUCGAUCAUUCGUACGACGUCGUACUCCCUCCCCGCGGACCUUCAUGAACACAUCGCGCUUGUCUCUCCCACCACCUUCUUUGGCGGUAUGCGUCCCAUGAAGACAACGUACCACUUGGAGCCAUCCGCACCGGUUCUGAAGGAGGACUCGACCUUUCGCGCCGAGGUUCUCGCCACGGGUGCCGUCCCCUCUUCAUGUGCUUCGAGCAUCACCCCGGCGUGUCUCCAAGCUUUGUACAACACCACCGGCUAUACCCCUCAAGCAACGGACGUCAACGUCCUCGGCGUUGCUGGUUACUUGGACGAGUAUGCCAACUUCGCCGACCUCACGACCUUCGCACAGAAGUUCCUGACUAAUGCGUCCGAUGCCACAUUCACGGUGGUGCAGAUCAAUGGCGGCGGAAACGACCAGAGCGAUCCUGGUGUCGAGGCCAACUUGGACAUCCAAUAUACCACGGCAGUGUCAUACCCCACCCCGCAAAUCUACUACAGCACUGGGGGAUCGCCGCCUUUCAACGCUUCGGAGGGAACACCGACGAACACGAACGAGCCCUACCUUGACUUCCUUGACUACCUCCUAUCCGCCGACACAAUCCCCCAAACUCUAACGACGUCCUAUGGAGACGAAGAGCAAACAGUGCCGGAGGAUUAUGCCGUUGAGGUGUGCAACCUCUUUGCUCAGCUCGGCUCAAUGGGCACCAGUGUCUUGUUCAGUUCUGGUGACUCGGGCGUUGGUGGCGAUUGCGUUAGCAACGACGGCUCUGAGACGGAGAUGUUCAUUCCAGCUUUCCCGGCGAGCUGCCCUUAUGUGACAGCGGUUGGCGGAACAGAAGGUAUCAAUCCCGAGAAGGCCGUGGACUUCUCCGGAGGCGGGUUCAGUAACUACUUCGCCACUCCUGGCUAUCAGGCCGACGUGGUAUCUUCAUACGUCGAUGGUUUGGGUUCCGAAUACGCCGGUCUAUACAAUAAGACCGGUCGUGGCUACCCGGACGUCGCCGCUCAGGGCGUCAACUUCCAGGUCGUAAUUGGUGGCCAGACCGGUGGUGUCUCCGGCACGAGCGCUUCAUCUCCUGCAUUCGCCGGUGUUGUAAGUCUCUUGAACGACUACCGGCUUUCGCAGGGCAAAUCUAGCCUUGGGUUCUUGAAUCCCAUGCUAUACACGACUGGUGUUCCAGGCUUCAACGACAUCACGAGUGGCUCGAACCCAGGAUGCUCAACCGAUGGGUUCUCAACUGCGACCGGAUGGGAUCCUGUUACUGGCUUGGGCACGCCUAACUUUGGCCUGCUGCAGGAGAUCGUGGGCUAG